AUGCCGCAACAUAAAUUAACCUUCAUCCUAAUGACUGGCAGUCUUCUGUCUGGAAUAGCGCUCGCCAUUGGCCAUCAUCUAUUCUACGAACAUUUAAAUGAUCGAAUCGUCCAAAGUCAAAAUCAACAAGAAUGGUUUUUACGUAUCGGUACUGGAAUAGCCUUUCUUGUGGGAGCAUUAUUAUCAGCAGCGAUUGGAAUUGCAUACAUACAGAUUCUUUGGCGGACGCUACGGUCCAAGUCUGUUACGAUUAAUGGCAUUGACUCACUAUUUGGGGUGUCGCAUAAUGCUUGGGAUUUGACCACUUUAGAGUUGUGGACUGCUGCACCGGCUCUUACAAUUGUGGCUGUCAUAGCCUGGGCCCUUCCACUGAUCGCAGUUAUCACACCUGCUACUUUAAGCAUAGAAAUAUCAUCACAGCCAAAUAUCACAGUAAUCGAAAGUCUCAUUCCACAUAUCGACUACGACAAGAGUCUUUGGUUCGGUGGUUGGAAGAGUAACACAACUGUCAUGCACACAGCCCAUAUCUCCAGACUACUCUUACCGGUCGCAACACUGGGUUUUAUUCUAAAUAUACCUGCUCCCUUCCCGAACUCUUCAUAUUCCGUCGACUUUUACGGUCCUUCAAUAUCAUGCGAUACCCCAGACAACCGCUCAUUUACAGACAAUGUAAGCAAAAUCAUCGAGGAUUAUUCAAAAUUAUAUGGGAACGUGACAUACGUUGGUUUUGUCCCUACCGAUUCGAUAUACUACACGACGCCUGAAUCUUCCUAUGGGAGAACGUGGGAAGAGUAUGCCAUCGAAGGGCUGCACGCAGCAUUGAAUUCUACUCGAGUUGAUGGGGCAGCAAGUCUUGAUAUUACUGCAUAUGAAAUGUUUCGAUAUCAGGGUAAGACCGAUCCCGCUUCGUUCUACGUCGUAACACCGAACAGACUGAGUUGGCGAGCUGAGAAUACAAUUAAAUGUCAGCUCUACAACUCGUCAUACUCAAUCAACUUCACAUUCGACAAUGGUCUGCAGGACAUCAAAUACAAAAUCGAGAAAUUGAACGGAGUAACAAUCAGGGACGGUGAUGAGUGUCGUUUCGGGAGGCAAUUACACCGCUGCAAUCCUGUCACAGCUUACCUCUCGCUCAUGAAUGCUAUGGGAGGAUUACUCCUCGGAGCUAGAUGGCAUACUGGUAACAAUGCAUACGGAGUACAGCGCACAAUGAUAUGGUCUACGACUCUUGACGACUUGCCGGAUAUGCAUUCUUUCCAUCGCGAGAAACCAAAGUCUCCGAUAAAGGAAAUGUCUAUGGCUGAUACGCUAGAGGAGCUUUUUACCAAUGUGACCAUAAGUAUCUUCAGCGACUCUCAGUUUCUGCAAAACGACACUGCAGCAUCUUACGGUCCUAUCACGCGGUUUUCAGCACAGAACGCCUUCUCAUAUGAACCUCGAAACUUAUUUAUUGCCUACGGUAUAGGCAUACUGUUCUCUAUGAUCAUUGUCAUCUAUGGAUUGUUAUGCAUUAAAUCAGCUUCGGCAUCGUAUGCAAACUCUUUCUCGACUAUUUUGAGGACAACAAGGAACCCAGACCUGGACACUGUCAUCCCUACUGCGGAAACGUCAGGAGCGGAGCCUCUGUCCAAGAACAUUGGAAACAUUCGACUGAUGUUGCGACGACAAGGGAGUGGGUUGGAAGGUGACGGUGAGAUAUCUACGUUUUUCGCUGUCGAUCCCAAGUCGGAGAACGGGAAGGGAACAAGAGAAGCCACUCCGACUGAGUCAUUACUAAAACAGAAGACGGGAAGCCAACAUUCGGAUACAGAUGAGAUAUCGAAUACGCAAGAAGGUCCGGAUGUUAAUCUCCAUCACAAAACAGACAAUCAUGCAGCUGUCACUUGUAAUGAUUAG